UGCCAUGGAGAAGAGAAGAGAAGAGAAGAGAAGAGAAGAGAAGAGAAGAGAAGAGAAGAGAAGAGAAGAGAAGAGUGACACUAAUUUUAAACGCAUAUUGCACUUGCAUAAAAAGAGGAAGAUAGAUAGUGCAAGUAACAUAUAUUACCUAGUUAAGUUAUAUCUAAUUCUCUUGAGCUUUGAAAGAUAUGGAAUGGAGGAAGUGCUACUUGGAUGUCAUAUUGGUGCCCUUGGGAUUUCUAACUAGCAUUGGCUACCAUUUCUGGCUAUGGCAUAGGGUUCGAACUCAGCCACACACAACCAUCAUUGGCAUCAAUGCUAGUGGUCGUAGGAAUUGGGUUAAUGCCAUGAUGAAGGACAAUGACAAGAAAAACAUUCUGGCUGUUCAAUCACUAAGGAACACAAUCAUGGGUGCCACCCUAAUGGCCACAACCUCAAUCCUCCUAUGCUCAGGCCUAGCAGCAGUGAUAAGCAGCACCUACAGUGUGAAGAAGCCUCUGAAUGAUGCAGUGUAUGGGGCACAUGGUGAGUUCAUGGUGGCACUCAAAUAUGUCACACUCCUCACCAUUUUCCUCUUCUCAUUUUUCUGCCACUCCCUCUCCAUAAGGUUCAUAAACCAAGUAAACAUCCUCAUCAACACCCCACAGGACCCCUUGUCCCUUGUCACCCCUCAGUACAUCAAUGAGAUCCUGGAAAAGGGCUUCAUCUUGAACACUGUGGGAAACAGGUUGUUCUAUUCUGGCUUGCCUCUCUUGCUUUGGAUCUUUGGUCCUGUUCUUGUGUUCCUGUGCUCCCUCACUAUGGUCCCUGUGCUUUACAAUCUUGAUGUUGUGUUCACCAGUGGGAAAGGGGUUAAGGGGGAUGCCAAUCAAAACGGGGAUUUUGUAUGAAAUUAAAAAAAAUGGAACCCGUAACAAUCGGUUAUGAAUUUGGAUAUGGUUUAGAAGGACCAAUACGAUAUUUUCUAUGAAAAAUAAAGAAUAUUUUUUAGUGAAGUCGUUAAAAGUCAAUGUCCUUCUAUACCUAUGUCUGAACAUGUUUUAUGGGUAAGUGAAAGUGAGAAUAUAUUGAAGUAGGGUUUUUUCUCAUUUUGAUUAUGAAAACAUGUGCAUGCAUAUGUAUGCUCUACCCACUGUAAUCCAGUAGUUUCCAUAAGUUGCGUUGUGAAUAAAAAGCAUACGUGGUGCAUAGUUUUGAUUU